AUGAAAGUUGCUAUUGAACAGCUCAAGAGCUCUCGCUGGCCCGCGGAGGUUUCUCCCCAGCUUUCAGCUCGGCUAGCUGCUGCCCGCAGCAGCAGCAGCAGCAGCAGCAGCAGCAGCAGCAGCAAGUUCUCCCCUCACACCGUCAGUAACAAGCUGCUGCUCCUGCAGCACGGGAGCAAGCGGCAGCAGUCGCAGCAGUACACAGAGUACAUGCAGCAGCAGCAGCCGGCGCAGCAGGAGCAGCAGCUGCAGCACGUGCAGCAGCAGCAGGAUCAGCAGCAGCAGCAGCACACGCAGCAGCAGCAGCAGUUGCUGCCGCAGCAAAGCCCUGCCACAAACGCAGCGCCGGUCGAGAAGGCUGCUGAGCAGCAGGCGCCGUCUCAAACCACUACAGCAGCAGCAGCAGCAGCGCCAGCAACAGCAGCAGCAACAGCAACUACAGCGCCAACAGCAGCAGCAGCAGCUGCUGCUGCUGCUGCUCUCGUCAGCCCGCCCAGAAGCCCUCCGGACAGCGGACGUGCUGGAGGUGCAAAGACACCGCAGCAGCUUUCCAGCCGCAGAUCCUUCCUGCAGCAGCAGCAGCAGCAGCAGCAGCAGCAGCAGCAGCAGCAGCAGCAGUUUUCGCCUUCGCCCAGAACCCCCAGCACGCCCCCCACCUUCUCUCGCCCGACGCUGCAGAGCCCUCACCACAAGGGCCAUCCUGUAAGGCGAUACAGCAGCGCGGGUGCUGCGCAGCAGCGGCAGCAGCAGCAGCAGCAGCAGCAGCAGCAGCAGCAGCGGCAGCAAGAACCCGCCCAGCAGCAGCAACAGCACCAGCACCCGCAGCAGCAGCAUCUGGAUUUGUCCCAGAAACGGCGCGUCAAUUCCACUCAUCACGUAGCCCAGCAAGCGCAGCACAAGCAGCAGCAGCAGCAGCAGCAGCAGCAGCAGCAGCAGCAGCAGCAGCAGCAGCAGCAAGGCCAGCCCGUCUCUGCGGAAAUCAGUGAGCUUCCCGAUGUUUCUCUAAAUUCUUUUUCUGCAUUAAAUAUAAAGGACCUUCUGAGCCAAAGAAAUGUCUAA